UUGGGGGGGCUGGGACUCGUGGAGCCCACGGGCCCUGUCCGGGGGUGAGGGGCGGGCUGUGCAGGGCCCCAGGGACACCCCGCACCGACCUGCCCCCCCGGACCCGAGCGAGUGGCUGCGGAGCUGGGCCCCGUGCGCCGCGCCCUGAACUGUCCUGGGAUUAGGACGGGGGCGGUGGGCUCUUCCCUUCGUUUGCAGCCCGGGGACCAGUUAUUCCGCGAGCCGCGGCAGGAGGGAAGUCGGCGGCGGGGCGGGGGCAGUAGCAGGUCCUGGAGCACUUUGCCCCAUGACGCCCACAUUGCAGGUGGGGAGGCUAAUUUGGGGUCAGCCGGCUGGCAAGGCCCGGCGGGGUAGAGUGGGCAGGCCCCUGAGCCGUGGUUCAGUGCUCGGGCCACCCACCCUGAACACAGGCCACUACUGUAUGGAUAUCUGUAUGGAUAUCUACAUUUACCUAUAUUUUAUAGGAUUAUGUAAGUGUUUGUUAACAAGUGAGAGCUGCAUUUGUUUCCAUCCUCCUCUGACUAAAGGCCCUGGGACUUGCGAAGGAAAGGGAGCCCAGACAGCCUGGCUUGGUCCACUUCUAGACGAUUCAACAUAGUCUGGGAGAGUGCUCAGUGCUAUUGUGUUUGCAUGUUUUCCAGGAGUACCUUGAGCCAUGGGGCUGAUAGCUGCCCCCUGCUGUCCCCUUUCUUACCGUGCCUCUGGGGGCAGGAACAUUAGCUGCGAAGAGCCUUUUUUUGUUUUUUGCCUUUCUUUAGGUCUCUGGGCCCUGGAGCAGGACCAUGUGCCUCCUCUGGAGGAAGGGGAAAAGCUGCCAGUUCCUAUUACCAUCUUGGCUCUGCGUUCCACUAUGCUGUUACAACUCUGAUGGAUAGAGAAAGCUGCAGCAUGAGGAGGCGGAUCUCCAGAUCCACAGAGGCUCCAAAGUGACCUGUGCCUAAAACCAGCUGGGAAGAUUGAGGCUGCAGCACUUUGGGGGCAUGGCCAGGCUAGUCCCUUCCCUGUGACACUGUCUGUUUGGUGGUCUGCGGCCAGCUGCUCUCAUGGGGGAGAAGACUAACACGUGCCCAUACUGUGGGAAGGGUUUCCGGCGCAGCUCCCACCUGGCACGGCACCUGGGCACCCACUCGGGGGGCAGUGAACAGCGCCUCCACGCCUGCCCCCAGUGUGGCCGGAUCUUCACACAGAGCUCAUCGCUGGCUCGUCACCAGCAGCAAGCCCAUGCUCGUGAGCGCCCCUACUCCUGCACCCGCUGUGGCAAAGCUUUUGGGCGCAGUGCCCACCUGGCGAGGCACCAGGAGACCCACUCAGGGGAGCGUCCCUACCGCUGCUCCUACUGUGGCAAGACCUUUGGGCGCAACGCCCACCUCACCCGACACCACAGCACCCACACCGGGGAGCGCCCCUACCAGUGUGGGCUCUGUGGCAAGGCCUUCACCCGCGGCUCACACCUUACCCGGCACCAGCUCACCCACACUGGAGAGCGCCCCUAUGAGUGCACCCGCUGCGGCAAGGGCUUCACCCGCAAUGCCCACCUGGCGCGGCACCAGGGCACCCACACUGGUGAGAAGCCCUUCCACUGCGCUGACUGCGGCAAGAGCUUUACCCGUGACACCCACUUGGCACGACACCGGGCCACCCACUCUGGGGAGCGCCCCUACAAGUGCGCCAACUGCGGCAAGGGCUUCAGCGCCACAUCCCACCUCAUCCGGCACCAGAGGACACACCGGGCUUAAUGGCCCCACUUCGAUACCAAGGGCCCUGGAUGUCCUCACCCCCCUAUAGAUGCCAAGAGGGUGCUAGUUCCCACACUGCUGCCUACCAGAGAGCUCUCCCUUGUGAGAUCCAAAUGGUGCUGAUUUCCAUGCUGGCACCCACAAAACAGCUUCUCGCAGGCAGGGCAGAAGACGUGGAUCCUGCCCUGCUGCAAUGACUGGUUUGUCUGGGUGUUAACUGUGGGCUUCCCAGUCAUGGGAGUCUAAGUGUGCUCUGGGUACACCAGGGAUGACAUUGCCAAGGUCAGUGUGUUUUAUCAAGGGAAAGAAAUUCAUUUCUCUCCAUACCGUGGGGUAGGUCUGCACUUCAGUCUCUGCUGGGUCUGCAGUGUAGUGUAGAUGCUCAAGUUAGCUUUAAGUCAGCCAUCUUGGGUAUCAGUAGCAGAGUAGCACAGCCACAUGGAGCUGAGCAAAGGCUGUAUAACUUGCCCAAGAAGCUGAAGAAUUGCUUGGCCAGUCAGCCCCCACCAAACUGUGCUGCCACAACCAGACUGCUACUGGUACCUAAACUGGCUGGGUGAAAGCUAGCUCAGGAAUGCCACCUAAGUGGUUGUCAAGCCUGGGACUUCAUUGUAGACAGACCCUAACUGUACAGUGCUUGCUUGACCAGAGCAGAACAGCUGGCUGGGCUGUGUAUGUGUGUGCAUGCAUACAGACUUUCACUGCCGGGACCUGUCUUGCAAAGAGGGCAGAAUCCAGCUUUCCAUUCCCAAGGCCUUGGCUAUACAGAGAUAUUGACUGGACUAGCUAUCCAGGUGAACACGCUAUUCCAGAAUAAAAGGAUUUUAUUCCAAAAUAAUUCCACUCCAUUCACAAAUCAGAGGAGUUAUUCUGGAGUAUUUAAAAUUAUUCUGGAAUAAUUGUGCCAGUCAGUUUCCCCUUAUAGAGACUGUUGAGUCUGUACAUAAAAUGUAUGCGUGCAUACACGUGUGAGUACAUGCAUACGUAUGGGAAUAUGUGUGUUCACACACAAUAUGAGUUUGGCAGAGGUGGUGCUUUCCUUGCCACUAUCCAGCAAAUUUACAGUGUUGCCAACUCUUCUGAUUCUGUAGGGCAUUUCCGCAUAGUUGGUGAUGCCACAAAUUCCUGGAGUCAUGGAAUAAUGUGAGAAUCUCAGCUUCCUUUCUUUUUUUUUAAGGAAGUUUCUAACAUCUGUGAUAAUGGAGGAAAACUUGAAAAUGUGAGCCUGGAUGGCUCAGAGACCAGACCCCCUCUCGGGGAACCCAGAUGUAUUAUAUUUUUUUAAUCUCUUUUUAAGCUAAUCUACUGGUUGAGUGGGGUACACACACUUCUUGAAAGCUGGAGAUGACAGAACUGAAAUGGAGACUCUUCCAGCAGGACCCAGUGGAUGUCCCUGGGGAUGCUGAAUACUCCUGGAGGGACCUCUGAGUCCCUGUCAUCUGCUCCUUCCUGGAGCAGGUUCUUCCCUGAGGACACAGAAGCCUGUUGCUAAGAGCCCAAGUUCACUGUUGCCAAACUUUGUGAGUAUAAUCAUGACUCUCAUGACAUUUGAUGGCCUUUACCUUUCAGAUGAUCCCAUGAUUCCUGACUUCAGACUCAAAUGCUGCCUAUUCAUAGUGAGUGCUCUCUCCCAUUAAUUUCAGUGGAGACAAAGCCAGGUUGCCUCAGGGAAGAUAUGGGCCCACCUCUUGCUCAGUAGUUAGGGCUGGGAAGGCAUGGGUCUGAAGGGAGCUGAGGCUGUGUAGGGAGAUGUGUGGGUGCAGUGGUCUAAGAGGGAGAUAGGGAGGGCAGAAGUCUAGGGGGAGGUGAGGGCAUUCGUGGCAGUUUGGGGCUGCAAGAGCUGGGUGUGAGAAUUUAGGGGGUUGUGGGAAGCUGUGGGUAUGCAGGGAGAUAUAAGGGUGCUAAGGGGAUGUGGGAAGCUCUGGCUGUGCUGAGCAAUGGAGAGUGCACAGGAAGACAUAUGAAAGUUUAGAGAUACUGGAGGGAUAGUUGGGGAACAAGAUAGGCUGUCAGAGCUGAAGGAUGAAGAGUGGGGUGCUGCAAGGGACAAGUGUGACAAUCCAAGCCGAGGCUGGAGAGAGAUGCUGGGAGGUCCUGGGUGUUGCAGGCUGGGAGAGCUCAAUGAGGUCCAUGUGCUUGGAAUCUGAGCACAAAACGCUUCCCACAUGCUUCAGAGACAAACAGCUUCCCUUUUCAGGGCUCAGCAACUGGACAGCAGAUAGGUUCUUCCCUUCCCUUAGCUCCUGAUUUCUGGAUCAGUUUUGUUCAUAAUCUGGAAUUGGUGGCAAAGCCUGUCUUGCACCAGCCUUGUUGACAGCUAGCUUCAGGCAAGGAAGGUGGCUUGGUGCUGCUCCCCUCUCUGGGCUUACGAGCACUGCUGGCUUCAGUGCAGGCUUCAGGAGGGGAGCAGUGAGGAGAGGCACACAUCCUAGUACAGCAACGUCAUGGAGAUACUGGGCUGCAAAAGCAGAACCACCAUGUUUUCUUGGUUCUUCUCUCAGGUCUGAAAUUUACUCUCCCAUCUCCCCCAACCUCAAGAAAUAUGGCCCUGGCCCUGCAAAGAGCUUGGGGUGUUCUACAUCUCAAUAGAUAAGGCUUUUCCCAGACACUGCUGGGCUGCAGAAGGAAGCAGCCAUGUUUAAAGGCUUCCUAGCAGAUGGCAGAUGAUGUGCUAGCCCUCAAAGCUGCAUCACUUUGGGUAGCAGAUGCCUCCUGUCCAGUCUGGGCCAUGCCUGGGUCUGAGUGGUCACUGCCAGCCCCACUCUUCUAACCUGUCACAAAUCAACAGAGGCUGCAAGCUCAGAGUGAGAGAGGGUGGAGAAGAAUCAUGAAGGACUGCUUGUUUCAUGUGCUCUGCUGAAGGAAGGGCUGUCAUCACUAUCAGGGGAGCCCUGUAAACAGUUGGCACUGGCUCCAGUGGAAGUCUCUUAAGGGAGUCCCAUCAUGUGUGACUUGAGUAACCCCACCCCAACGAAUGCAAGGAGCACUGGGCAACUGGGGGAGCCAGAGGAGACAACCUGCUCAGUUGCAGUGGGAAUCUGAUCCUUGGCUGAGAGUGGCCAUGGCAAUGUAAAGUCAUGGCCAGGAACUGAAUGGAGUUGUCAGCACCAUCCCUACUUCACCAUCAGCACUGAAACGCCCCUCCAAUCUGGACAGCAGAGCCUGGCCUGGGAAAGUCAGUCCUGAGGACAGGGAGAGCUCUCUCUGUGCCCUGCCACAAAGGAUGUGUGUGUGGAAGCAGAGUCCAGCCCAACAUCAAAGGAAGGAGAUCAGUUGUAGUCACCCUGGUAUGCUUACCACUGGGAACAGGAGUGGCCAGCUCUCAUUGUUUGUGAGCUACGGAGGUGGAAGAAUAGGCCAUGAGACUUGCAUCUGGAACACCUGAGUAGAGGGAGAUCUGGGACUGUCAGUGGGGAUUGCUGCUCUAGGGAAUCCAGGGUGGGGGGAGACUGGGCUUCAGGCAGGGAAGAUAGUGGCAUGCUAUUAACUGGAAGCAGGAACUGGGGCCAGUGGUGAUUGUGGCUGGGAGCUGCUAGAGAUCAUGGUCCUGAGGAAUGAUAACCAUGGGCUGCCUUUUGCCACAGCUGUCAUGGACCCAACUUUCCAGGAACCCCUCUGCUCCCAUACCAAUAUGGUGCUGGCUCCAGAUAAGUCUAGUUUGCCCCUCACCUCUCUGCUCCUCAUUCCAGCUGUCUCUUGCAUGCCAAGUCACAGACUGUGUGGGAAUUUGGUAACAAUCUUCAAAUACCUGAAGGCUGGUUAUAUGGAGGAUGGAGAUAGACUAUUCUCUAUGACUACAGGGGACAGCACAAGGAUUAAUGAUAUUAAGUUGCAACAAAGAAAAUUUAGGUUUGAUAUUAAAAGUAACUUUCUCACUAUGAGGUGGUUCAGCACUGGAAUAAGGUAUCCUGAGCGGUUGUAGAGUCUCCAUCCUUGGAAGUUUUUAAGAGUGGGUUAAACAAAAACUUUUAUAAGAGGGUUUAAAUGGGUAUGUUCCUGCCUUGAGCGUGGAGCUGGACUAGAUGACUUCCUGAGGUCCCUUCCAGACCUACUUUUCUAUGAUAUAUUCUUCCUUCCUCAACAGCAAAGGAGCUUGUUCAGCCAUGCAGGCCUUCUCCAAGCCUGGUUGCAAGAGCAGCACCAUAUAAUAUUUAUGAGUCUAUGCCAGAGGCUUCCCACAGCAUCUGUGGGUUUCAUAGAAUCACAGGUGGAAGGUACCUCAAGUCAGUCAGUUUGUCACCUGUUGCUGACAUAGAGAUAUUAACUAGCAUAACUAUUCUGUAAUAGCUAUUUCAGAGCAACUGUUUGGACACAGUUCCAGAAUAAAUGGGAUUUUGUUCCAGAAUAAAAUCUUUGUUUCUGAACAGUGUCCACAUGAGAGUUAUUCUAGAACAGUGGUCACCAACUAGUUGAUCUCAAUCGACUGGUUGAUCAUGGAGAUUCUGACAGUCGAUCUCAGUCGGUCAGAGGCUCCACAAUCAGGAGUGGCAGGACGCGUGUGGCUGGGCUGAGCCAUGCCCCCUGCUGCCCAGGCUGGGCUGGGUGAGUGGGGUCAGAGCCUGGGCAGCUUGUCUGCGGGGCGGGGUGGGGGCAGGGCAGGAGCAGUAGAUCCUGGGGUGCCCUUUACUAACAAAAAGUGAUCUUCACCAUAAAAAGGUUGGAGACCACUGUUCUAGAACGGGCUGAACUGUACCAGAACAGCGAUACUUUCCUCUAUAGAGACAAGACUACCCAUAUACUGUGGUGAUUCCAAUGAAUUUCCAAGGGCUUGGGUUAGCUCUAGAAAGGAUCCCCUCUGGAUUCCAGAUACCUACCUCUACAGCUGUCUUUUCAUGCUUUAUUUCUAUCAUCUGAGAGUAGCAGGGAUGGUAGAACUACUUCCCUACAGAACUGCACAGCAGAGGUGUAAAUCACUUAAUUCUGAAGGAGCCAACAGUGAUUGCCUUUCAAGACGGCUUGUUUUUGUUUAAGGUGACAGAGCCGAGAUGAUAUUCUUUUUAUGUCCAACAGAGUGGAAAGGCUAAGACCUUUAUUGUCUGAGUUGUUACCACAUUUGUAUUUCAUAGGUCAUAUUUUCACUGGGCCUGGAGCUGGUUAAAUGGGCUCAUUCUAUGAAUGACUGGAAUGUAGCAACCUCUUGGGUUUCUCAAAACAUCCUUACCAACCUCUGCUCUGUAAUUUUAGUCCCUUUCAAAUAGCUACAGCCCCCUCUGCCCCAAGUUUGACAUUGUGUUUUUGAUGUCCUACUCGUUCUUUUUUUCUUCUCUACUGGGGAGGGGAGGGGGCUUCCAGAAAGAUUAAUCCCUCUGGGUUCUGAUCAUGAAGAAGUGAGUUUGAGCCUUGUUGCAAACUCAUGCUGAUCCUCCCUGCUAGUUAACUCAGUUGUGAAUGGACACCUGGUUAUUCAGGCAUAGAAGUCACAGGCAGUCAGAUAUGAAACUAAUGACAUCAUUCCCCUGUGUGCUAUUGACUACAGAAUCUUGCCUGCCUUAAUCUUGGUAUCCUGAUGAGAUACUCAGACUCUCAUGAACUUCUGACUGUCUUUUCCUAUUGUGCUAACAGUGUGUCUCAAUUGAGAAUAAAUCUUCUUUAUCCAA